AUGCUGAACCGACACAGUCCUACAGUCAGGAUGCACUUCUGUCAUAUCGUUGGAUGGGGACUUGUGCUGGCUGUACUGUGUCUAAGGACAGAGGCUAAACCUGUAGCCCAGGCACAUCAGAAGUCACUUCGUGCAUUGCUGGGAGAGGAACUGGCUGAUUAUUUAGUAUCUGGAGAAAGGGGAGAACGAAGCAUUGACCCCAAAACUCGUGCUCGUCUUUUGAGGGACAUUCGUGCUGACACCCGCUCACGGGCUGCUUGGACCAGACUACUCAACGAACACCCCAAUUCCCGCAAAUUUAAAGGCAUCAACAAGAAGGGCAUCUCCAAGGGCUGCUUUGGUCUCAAACUGGACCGCAUUGGAGCCAUGAGUGGCUUAGGGUGCUAG